CUCAAAUCGCCUUGUUAUUUCUAUUGAAUUUUGUGAAAUCACUCUUAAAAUAAUCAUAAUCAAAAUAUGGAUAAUCAUCUUCAACUUCACCUCGCUCUCUCAACCACUUCCACUCGCAAUCUGCCGCGAAAUGAUGAGAAGAAGCGCAAAUUUGAUGAAUCAUUCUCCGAUGAUGAGAUGACCAGCAACAAACGCACAUUGCCGCUGUUGAUUUGGAAUGAUAACCGGAAUAUGGAUUGCGGAUGUGUUGAUGUGGAAGAGCAUGCGGUGGUGGGGUGGCCGCCGGUGAAUUCGCGGAUGCGGAAGGUGGCGGAGCAUCACCGCCGCGAGAGCACCGCCUCGAAUUACGUCACGGUGGAUAACGGCGGAGGAGGAGGAGGAGGAUUGAAUUCGAUGUAUGUGAAAGUGGAAAUGGAAGGGAUUGGGAUAGCGAGGAAGAUUAAUUUGGGGAUUUUUGGUUCUUAUCAAGCACUCACGGCCGCGCUCAUGGCCAUGUUUGGCAAACGCCGUGAAAUGUACAAGCUCACGUAUCGGGAUAAGGAAGGCGACUGGCUGCUUGCGGGUGAUGUACCUUGGGAAAGAUUUGUUAGAUCGGUGCGACGUCUAAAAUUGCUGAAGAAGGUUUGGUGAUCAGAGUUGGAGAAGCUUGAUCUUUUUCCCCUUUCCAAAAAUGUAGUGAAUUAUUAGUAAUGUAUUAGGAGUAAUUAAUUAAAUUUUGUAGAUUUUUAUGAAUGACUAA